AUGAUGCCACCUUUUAGGAGAAAGAAGGCUUCCAAGUCUUUUCCCGUAAAAGUGUGCACUUUAGACGCGGAGCUUGAGUUCAACCUUGAGUGGCGUGCAACUGGAAGAGAUCUAUUUGACUUAGUAUGCAGGACAAUAGGCCUCAGAGAGACCUGGUUCUUUGGAUUGCAGUUUGAAGAUACAAAACAUUUUAUAAGUUGGCUAAAACUGGACAAGCGAGUGCAGGAUCAGUGUGUCUCUCAGAUGCCUGGCACACCAUUCAUGUUACUCUGCAAGCUGUACCCGGAGGAUGUAGCUGAAGAGCUGAUACAGGAGGUGACUCAACACCUCCUGUUCCUGCAAGUGAAGCAGGCCAUACUCAGUAUGGACAUCUAUUGCCCACCGGAAGCCUCCGUAUUGUUGGCAAGUUAUGCUGUGCAGGCUAAGUAUGGAGACUAUGAUGAGAGUGCAUACAAGCCUGGAAUGCUAGCAAGUGAAGAUUUGCUGCCUCAGCGGGUUAUAGACCAGUAUCAGAUGACACCGGAAAUGUGGGAGGACCGUAUAAAAAUAUGGUAUGCAGAUCACAAAGGCAUGUCACGGGAUGAAGCUGAGAUGGAAUAUCUGAAAAUUGCUCAGGAUUUGGACAUGUACGGAGUCAACUACUUUGCCAUUAAUAACAAGAAAGAAACAGACCUCUAUCUUGGUGUUACUGCGCUGGGCUUGAACAUAUAUGAGAAGGAUAACAAACUUACCCCCAAAACUACGUUCCCCUGGUCUGAGAUUAAGCACAUAUCUUUUGAUGACAAGAAAUUCGUCAUCAAAUUCGUGGACAAGAGCGUCACCAACUUUAUCUUCUUCUCACCCAAGGGCAUGAAUAAAUUGAUUCUAGAUCUGUGCAUCGGUAACCACGACCUGUACAUGAGGCGGAGGAAGCCGGACACGAUGGAGGUGCAGCAGAUGAAGGCGCAGGCCAAAGAGGAAAAGCAGCGUCGCCAGAUCGAGCGAAACAAGCUGGCGAGGGAGAAGCAGCUGCGAGAAGCGGCCGAGCGGGAGAGGGGCGCGAUGGAGCAGCGGCUGCUGCACUACCAGGAGGAGAUACGCCUGGCCAACGACGCCCUGCGGCGGUCCGAGGAGACGGCGGAGCUGCUGGCGGAGAAGGGCAGGGUGGCGGAGGAGGAGGCGUCCUUGCUGGCGCAGAAGGCGGCCGACGUGGAGAGGGAGAACGCUCGCCUGAGGCUCUCCGCCAUCAAGACUGAAGAGGAGAAGGUGCACUUGGAGCGUAAGACCCGCGAGGCGGAGUUCCUCACGGCGCGGCUGGUCGAGGAGUCGGAGAAGCGCGCCGCCGAAGCGGAGCGGCUGAAGGCCGAGCUGCUGGCCGCCAGGGUCGCCGAGAAGCAGGCCAAGGAGAAGCUGAUCAACUUCCUCAGCAGGUCCUCCACGGGCUCCUUGCCACCGUGCUCCACCGUGCCGUCGAGCCUGUUCCCCUCCACGUGCUCGCUGCCCGCCGAGCUGGGCGAGGGGCGGGGCGAGGGGGCGGCGGGGGCGGGCGUGGGGGCGCGCGACGGCGGCGGCGGGGGCGGGUCGGCGGCCGAGGGGGCGGCGGGGGGCGCACACAACGGCGCCCCCGAGACGGACCUCAACUCGUACCAGCUGGUGCCCGACGACUCGGACCCUCACAUACACCGGCUCUCGCUGGAGAUCGAGAAGGAGAGGGUGGAGUACCUGGCCAAGUCGCAGCACCUGCAGCGGCAGCUCGAGUCGCUGCGCAGCGAGUUCUCCGUGCUGCGCGUGGAGCGGGGAGGGGGCGGGGGCGGGGGCGAAGGGGGCGGGGCGGGGCGCGGGGGCGGCGAGUCGCUCGCCGACCGGCUGAGGGACGCGCACGAGGCGGCGGCCCGCGCGGGGGCGGACAAGUACUCCACGCUGCGGAGGCUCAAGCAGGGCUCGGCGAACACGCGCGUCGCAUUCUACGAGCAGCUC